AUGGCUGAGCACGAACCUGUCACCACCAUGGCCUCGCCGUCACCACAGCCUGACAUGGCGCGAAACCGACUUCCAACGCUGUUCGAGGUGUUGAGCCGUCGCACCCUGCCGCCUGUCGACCUGUUCUCGUUCUACAUCUACAUGCGAGACCAGCAGAGAUCAGUGGACUACCUUGACUUCUGGCUCGAUGUUGCCCAGCACAUGUCUCUCUGCCGUCACUAUGUGCGAGAGCUCAGACGUUCGGUCCUCAUUGGCACUCCCGAGAUGCAAUCCAAGAGAUCAUCUGCUAUUCUGGAGAAUAUCGGCGACCUGGAACCCCGAGCGGCUGGCCCCUCGAUGUACGCCACGGAGAAGGAGAAGAACCAGGAUGCCCAGAUGUCUGCUUUCCUGCGAGAGGAGCAACACGAGUCCCCGCAGAGCACCACCGCGCCUGUGCGACCCAGCCCUCAGUUCAGCAACUCGCACGAUAUCACCACCGACUCCAACUCUCCCGCCCACACGGUCGCGCGACAGGACAUUCGCGCCUCGGCGGAGAAGAUUCUCUACACCUUCCUGCUUCCCGGCGCUGAGCGAGAAAUCACCCUUCCUGGCUCUAUCACCCAGGAGGUUACCACAGCAAUCGAGGAGUAUGGCCGCGACGAUCCCGAAGUAUUCGAUGUGGCCAAGGACUACGUCUUUCAAGCGAUGGAGCGAGAUGCCUUUCCCGGAUUCCUGAGAAUGAAGGCUCUUGGCAAUCUGAUCCCGCCAACCCUCAUCAUGAGGCUGAUCUUGGGUCUCAUUGCCAUGUUUGGCGCCUUCUGGACUGGCUUCAUUCUCAUUUUCCUCGACAAGUCUCGUCUGACGAAAUGCUGGCUCAUCAUCCCCUUCACCAUCGGUGUCUAUUUCCUUGCGUCUUACCAGUACUCACUCGACCCGAUUAUGGCUCUGGUCGGCUUCAGCGAGUACACCCCUUUCAACUUCUCUCGCAUCCGCGAACCGUACAUCCGCAAACUACUCGCCAAGCGAGCUCUCAUGGUCCUGGCGGUCACCAUUCUCAUCGAUGCCGGCCUCUGCGUUCUCUUUAUCCUCGUACCAGGCAAGCGACUGUAG